AUGAGUCAACCCAGCCAGCCGGCCCCUCACAACCAUUCUCCCACCCUACCAUUCGCCGAGCUUGUCAAGGACCUCUUUGAACCCUUGAAGAAGGGCCCCGCACCCACUCAUUUCACCCAUGCCCCAGGCGUAGGAAGAAUCAAGGUGGAAGCCAAGUCGACGAGGGUGCACACGAAUGAGGUCCUCGAAGGUUUCUUUUCCAGAUGGCGCCAAGAAGUCGGGAAUGACAUCUACCCGGCCAUGCGCCUCAUUUGUCCGCAAAUCGACAGCGAGCGCUCGGUAUACGGACUCAAGGAGCAGACUAUUGCGAAGCGGCUCGUCAAGCUCCUCGGCAUCUCCAACAACAACCCAGAUGCCAAGAGUCUCAAUAACUGGAAGAACCCCGGCCAGACCGAGGCGACCCGCAUGGCUGGUGACUUCGCAGGACGCUGUUAUCAGGCCUUGCAAAAGCGCGUCGAGAUAGAGGGCUUUGGCACCAUGAGCAUAUCACGCGUGAACGAGCUGCUUGACCAGUUGGCAGGCUCUAGCAGAGAGGCCGACCAGCUCCCAAUCCUCGAUGACUUCUACCUGCACAUGUCCGCCCUGGAGCUGCAGUGGCUCAUCCGCAUCAUACUUAAGCAGAUCAGGGUGGGUGUAUCCGAGAAAUCCGUCCUGACAAAAUGGCACCCAGAUGGCGUGGACCUCUUCAAUGUCAACUCCGACCUGCGCGAUGUCUGUCGGCAGCUCACGGACCCGGAAAUUCGCAUCGGGGAGGACGACCAGAGACUCCAUAUAAUGCAUAAUUUCAUGCCCCAGCUUGCACCAACCGCCAGCAAUGCCAUGACCUGGGACAAGAUCGUUCGCCAACUCAAGCUUCCUGCAGACGACCCGACGUUCUGGAUGGAGGAGAAGGUCGAUGGGGAGAGGAUGCUCAUGCACGUUCAGAUGGAGGACGGUGCAUACCGUUUCAAGUUCUGGUCCAAACGGGGUAAGGACUACACAUAUCUGUAUGGGGAGUCAGUUGACGAUGCCAAUUCGGCCCUUACACGGCAUCUGGGAAACUCAUUCCGCAGCGUGCCAAACUGCAUUCUGGACGGGGAGAUGGUUGGGUUCGACCCCAAGAAAGGCGGGAUGGUCACUUUCGGGACUCUGAAGACUCACGCGAUACACGCGCAGAGGAACCCGCACGACGAAGAGAAACCCAGACCUCUAUACCGGGUUUUCGACAUCUUGUUGUACAACGAUAAAGACCUGACCGCCACGCCACUCGCGAAACGGCACGAGUUACUGGAAUACAUCAUCCAGGAUGUCCCUGGGCGGUUCGAAAUCCACCCCCACCAGGUUUGCACGUCGCCUUCGGAAAUCGAGCCGUACCUUCGCCAGAUCAUCCAGGACUCUGCGGAGGGCAUCAUGCUCAAGAACCCGCACGCUGAGUAUUACCUAAACAGUCGCCCCUACCACUGGAUCAAGAUCAAGCCCGACUACAUGAAAGACUACGGCGAGACCCUGGAUUGUGUCAUCAUAGGCGGGUACUAUGGCACCGGAAGACGGGGUGGGAUUCUCUCAAGUUUCCUCUGCGGACUAAGGGCAAGCCAGAGGGAGAUCGAAGCGGGGACUGCUCAUCCCGAGAAGUUUUACAGUUUCUUUAAGGUCGGUGGUGGCAUAAAGAUGGAGGAUUACGAAGAGAUCCAACGUCUCCUCCCGGAGGACAAGUGGCAGGACUGGAACCCAAAGCGCGCAAGACAAUACAUCGAGCUGGCUGGCGGGGAGAGGUACGCAGAAAAGCCAGACCGGUGGAUCCGACCAAGCCAGUCGAUCGUGAUCGAGGUCAAAGCCUCCAGCGUCGAGGACUCCAAUUCUUUCAGUGUCAUGAAGACGUUGCGCUUUCCUCGCUUCAAAGGCAUACGCACUGACAAGAGCUGGACUGAUGCCCUCGAUAUUGACCAGUGGAACGAAGUCCGCUUCGAGAUCAAAAAGGGGGAGGACCAAAAGAGACAGAUCGAAUAUGAGGAGAAGAGGAAGAAAGCACCCAAGAAGAAGGCAAAGACAGGCUUGUACCUCCCCGAGAACGACGGCGCCGUCGUGUUCGAGAAGUCCAAGCUGUUCGAGGGCAUGGCGUUCUACAUACCGUCCGGGUCCGAGGCCCUAGACAUGCUAGAGAGGGACCUCCAGAACCUCGUGCGAGAGCACGGCGGCUCCAUCGUCCAGGACGCCAGGAAGGUCGCCGAGGGCACCGCGAUCGGCGUCGGCGACAGGAAGACGGUGCUCGUCAACUCGCUGGCCAGGACCGAGGGCGUGGCCUACAUCAUCAGCCCCAAGUGGCUCGUCGACUGCGCCAGACAGCAAUACCUCCUGCCCUACGAGGACGAGCACCUCUACCUCGCGCCCGACGACAUGCGCGCCCUCGCCCUCGAGAACACGGACCCCCUCGGCGACAGCUACCACCGCGACCUGGACGGGGACGAGAUGGACCGGCUCUUCGCGCGCUGGAGGGAGGACCGCAUGGCGGACGACGGCGACAACACCGCGGCGCGUGGCUUCGACAACGGCGCCUUCUACGACCAGCUCGAGGCCCGCGGCCACGAGCUGCCCCGCUCGCGGGGCUACGUGUUCCGGCGGUGCCGUGUCCUGCUCGCGCACGUCGCGGGCCAGGAGCACCGGCUCACGACGGCGCGCCUGGAUGCGUGGGUCCGGUUCGGGGGCGGCGAGGUCGCGGCCGACCUUGGCGACGGCGACGUGACGCAUGUUGUCGUCGUCAGCGGGGGCGAUGCCGACGGCGCGGGCGAGGUGGCGAUGGGGAUCAACGCCCGGGUCAGCGAGAGGGAGGACCUCAGGCGGCCGUAUGUGGUGACGGAGCGGUGGCUGGAGAAGUGCUGGGAGGAGGAGACGCUUGUGGCGGAGGAGGCUUAUAAGCCUUGA